UUCCUUGUGUCGCAAACGUAAGGAUUUAAAUUACAGCAUUGCCGUUGAUCAUCAGAAACUGAUAGCCGAGGAUGGUAAUGAUUUGGAUAGGACGGAGACUGAUGGUGUCUUUGUUCAUUACGUUUUCCCUGCAGCUGGUUGGUGGAGAUGGUUCAAGGUGUGGUGGAUUUCGCAAAUGUUGCAAUGGUUACAGAUGGGAUAGAAAUACUGAAAAAUGUCUCCCCUGUGAGGUUGGGUAUUAUGGGAUAGAUUGUGGAGACCGAUGUCCUUUCCCCUCCUUUGGAAAGGAAUGCCAGUUAACAUGCAACUGCUCUAAAGAUCAGUGUAAUCAUGGAAAAGGAUGCCCCAAAGGUGGAAGUUUAGAAGGUAUUAUCAUGGAAGUGGUAACAACACCUGUUCCAAAGUCCAGGAUGACCCAUAAUAUCUCCGUAUCACUACGGCAUGAUGCUGAUGUUAACAGAAGUUUUCCUUCACGAGACACUUCAUCCGUUCUAUCUACCACUCCAGACAUGCCUAAAGAAACGUCAAUUCAAAGUGACGCUGCAUCAAUGUGGAAAACGUUGAACGAGAAGAAAGUAGGUAUGGUUAUCAGCAUUACAAUGCUAGGACUAUUGUUUCUUAUCUUAACAGCCAUGUACAUCUGGGUAUCUCAUCGCAUUCGUGUAGAAACAAAUAAUCGUGGGAAAGCUACAGAAGAUUCAGAUGAAAACUCUGCACCGAGAAUGGUCAUGAGUUGUAGCAGAGGAAGUCUGUUUGUAUCUAUGUUGGUCACGUUUUUCCUGCUGCUCGUCAGUGGGAAUGAUUUGCCAUGUGGUGGAUUUUCCAAAUGUUGUAGUGGUUACAAAUGGGAUGGGAAUAUUGAACAAUGUCUUGUCUGUGCUCUUGGAUAUCUUGGGAUAUAUUGCCCAGAGCAAUGUCCCUUCCCCUCCUUUGGGAAGGACUGCCAGUUAUCCUGUAGCUGUUCUAAACAUCUGUGUAACCAUGCAAAAGGAUGUCAAAAAAAUUGUUCACCAGGCUAUUUUGGUGACUUUUGUGACGUGAAAUGCCGGUAUCCAAGUUUUGGUACGGAAUGUCAGGAUAAAUGUUUGUGUGAACAGGAGAAGUGUGAUCCAGUCAAUGGAUGCCAAGGUAUUACCAGGGAAGUUGUAACAACACCUGCUCCAACGUCCAGGAUGACCCUUAAUAUUUCUGUAUCACUAAGACCUAAUGCUGAUGUUGACAGACGUUUUUCUUCACGAGACACUUCAUCCGUUCUAUCUACCACUCCAGACAUGCAAAAAGAUUUGGUAAAUAAUUCGCUUUGUUUAGAAACACCAAUAACAAGUGACGCUGCAUCAAUGUGGAAAACGUUGAACGGGACAGAGAGAGGUAUGGUUAUCAGCAUUGCGACACUAGGACUACUGUUUCUUAUCUUAACAGUCAUGUACAUCUGGGUAUAUCAUCGACUUCAUGUAGAAACAAAUAAUCGUAAGAAAGAAACAGAAGAUUUAGAUGAGAACUCUAUGGCAUGAACAACGUGUAUUUUGUUGUUAUAAAGUACUGCGUAUCGUGAUAUGAUGUGUGAUGCCUGUACCUCGUUUUGUAACUGACAAACUGUCCAUGUCUCAUCAUGUAUAAUUUUACCUGUAAACUGUGACAUGUUGGUCGCCUUUCAAUUGUUUUUAAAAUGAAUAAUCAAAUUACGUACUAUGUAUACAUUUAGAUGUAAAGGAAACCGGUGCAAUUUGUUUGUAUUAUGGUAAUAUAGAUAAAAAAAAAACCAAUGGACAUGUGGUACUAUCUGUGCAUGACCCGCACCACCCAUUGGGCAAAUAUGUUACUAUUAAUCCAUUAUAUAGUAUUAUAGACUAGAUAUGCAUUCGUGAUACAUUUGGUCGUGAUCUAGCCAUAUCGUUCGAAAACCCGUCUUUAUAAAGCUAAGCCGCAUUAAUCAAGUGGUAAAUAUAUAUUUUGAAAUUUCGUAUUACCUUUCGUUAUCUGCAAUGGAAGUUCUAUGUCCAGAACAUUAGGUUAUAAAGUAGACGUGAUUUUCUUCCGUUUUAAAAUUGAAUUCCGCCAUUGUAUAAUUUGUAAAUCUGUGUUUCGCAUUCUGUUUUGUUUAAUAUGAAAAUAUAUGGAUGACCCUUUUUAUCAGGUGAAUCUAUUUUAGAUCCUUUUUGAUAUUAAUUUUAAUUUUUCGACAUAACACGUAAUUUAUUAGUUCUCGGAAUCUAGUAGUGCUUAUUUAAUCAAUCGUUGGUAGUUAAACUGAGAACUUAAAUCACGGUAAAUAUGCAAUGGAUACCCAAAUCCUAUACGUGAG